AUGUCGUCGUUCUUCAAGCAGAAGAAGCGCGCGGUGAUCACGAACAACCCGGCGACGUUCGAGGCGACGGAGGAGGACGACAAGGCGUUCACGGCGACGCCGAAGACGGAGAAGGAGAAGGCGCUGCUGAUCAACGCCCUCAAGGACCACUACGUGUUUAGCGCCCUGUCGACGACGGACAUCCUGCAGGUCAUCCACCGCAUGAAGAAGCACGAGCGGCCGUCGGGCGACGUCGUCAUCCAGGAGGGCGACGAGGGCGACACGUUCUACGUGCUCUUCUCGGGCACGGCGGAGAUCCUCGUGGGGGCGAAGAAGGUCGGCGAGUACGCCGCGGGCCACUCCUUCGGGGAGCUGGCGCUGCUGUACAGCGCGAAGCGCGCGGCGACGAUCCGCGCGACGUCGCCCUGCGUGCUCUGGUCCGUCGACAUCAAGACGUUCCACCGCCUCGUGAUCCGCACGCAGCAGGGCGCGGCCCAGGGGCGCCUCGCCUUUUUGAAGAAGGUGCCCCUCAUGCAGGGCCUGGACACGGCGACGCUCCAAAAGGUCGCGGACGCGCUCCAGUCGGUGUCGUUCCCCGAGGGCCACAAGAUCAUCACGGAGGGCGAGCAGGGCGACGACUUCUUCAUCAUCGAGUCCGGCGAGGUCAAGUGCACGCACACCAAGCCUUCCGGGGGCGAGCAGCAUCUGUUGACGCUGAAGCGCGGCGACUACUUCGGCGAGAUGGCGUUGAUGCUCGACGAGCCGCGCCACGCGAACCCCCGCGCGGCGAACAUCGUCGCCACGGAGCAGCUCGAGUGCCUCGUGUUGGACCGCGUGUCCUUCCAGACCUGGCUCGCGGACGUCGACGCGGUGAAGAAGAAGCAGAAGGAGAAGAAGGCGGCCGUCGCGACGGCGCGGCCCGCGGCGCGGGACCUGCAGCGCCUGCGGACCCUGGGCACGGGCACCUUCGGCCGCGUGUCGCUCGUCGUCCACGCGCCGACGAACAGCGUCUACGCGUUGAAGGCCAUGCAGAAGGAGCAGGUCGUCCAGAGCCACCAGGAGCGGAACAUCAUGAACGAGAAGAAUCUGCUGAUGCAGUGCGCGCACCCCAUGGUUCUGGGCCUCGUCGCGACGUACCAGGACCGGGACCAGAUCUACAUGCUCAUGGAGAUCGUCCAGGGCGGCGAGCUCUGGUCCCUCGUCUACGAGAAGGUCGCGGAGACGAAGGCGCUCCGCGUCGGCGGCUUCGGGGGCUUCGGCCAGCCCGCGGCCCAGUUCUUCGGCGGCUGCGUCAUCGAGGCCUUCGCGCACAUCCACGGCCACGGCAUCGCCUACCGCGACCUCAAGCCCGAGAACCUGCUGCUCGACGCCAAGGGCUACGUCAAGGUCAUCGACUUCGGGUUCGCGAAGCAGGUGCCCUGGGAGGACAAGAAGGGCUUCCACGACAAGAGCUACACGAUCUGCGGCACGCCCGAGUACCUCGCGCCCGAGAUCAUCCAGUCCAAGGGCCACGACCAGGCCGUGGACUACUGGGCCCUCGGCUGUUUGGUGUACGAGCUCCUCGUCGGCCGAACGCCCUUCGCCGACGACCGCCAGCCCGAGAUCUUCCGCAAGAUUUUGGCGGCGCCCAAGGCGCUCGACGGCGACCGCCUCUGGCCCCGGGGCUUCCCCGCGGAGGCCAAGGCCCUCGUCCAGGCGCUCCUCAAGUCCGCGCCGGCCUACCGCCUCGGCAUGGGCAAGUCCAGCGUCCAGGACAUCAAGAACCAGGCCUGGUUCGCGUCCACGAAGUUCGACUGGGCCAAGCUCGCCGCGCUCGGCAUCAAGUCGCCCUACGUGCCCCCGAUCAAGGACCCCCUCGACACGUCCAACUUCGACCCCUACGACGAGGACACGGGCGUCGCGCGCUACUCGGGCACGCAGCAGGUCUUCGCGCCCUGGUCCGAGAUGGGCGCGGACUUCCCGCCGCAGAAGGCCUAG